UGCAGCCCAACAAGUCUAUUGAAAUCUACAUCACGCACUGGACACAGAAUUUUACUUAAUCCUCGACUGAACCUAUACUACACAGUUACAUUUCUGCGUCGCUCCUAUUUUCUUACUUUAUGGAUGAUUCUAUCUUGAGCAGUCGACAAUCCACAAGAACAGCGCAGCCAUUUGUAGAGAAAUGGUCACUGCCUCAUUUUGCCAGGUUGGCUAUAUCGAGUGAUGUCGAACAUAUAGCUCCAAUUUAUGGUCACCAGCGUCGAUCUAGGAGCCCAUCAGUUUCUUCAACCACGCUCAGGAGUGAUCUUAGACCCCAUGAUAUACUGGACCAAGGCAUUGAGGCAUGCUGUCGCCCACUUUUAUGCAGGUUUUAGAGCUUCGGAUAUGAUCCUGUCCAGAACACUAUAUUCAUCAAUGAGAUAAUCAAAAACGGGAAAACGGCAAAAAGAUAUUAUAUUGCAUUUAUGCGUCAUGUCGUAUUGUUCCUGAUCGGACUCUUUACUGCUUUGGCAGCAUCGUUGAUUGAGUUCCUAAUAGAGAUCAUCUCGGAGUCAAAGUAUAAUCUAGUAGCUACCUUGCUCCAUCGCUUUCGAACCAGCUGGCUCGUCUCGGUUCCCGGUUUCGUGUGGUGUGGUAUCAACAUGUUUCUCGUGUGCAUGUCAUCGAUUCUAGUCGUAUUCUUUGCGCCAACCGCAGCAGGAAGUGGUAUACCUCAAGUGAAAUGCUACCUGAACGGCUUGAAUUUGCCUACUUUGAUGCGUUUUCUCACUAUGCUGGUCAAAGGCGGAGGCUUGGUUUUGGCUGUGUCUGGCGGCUUAGCUGUUGGCAAGGAAGGACCGAUGAUUCAUAUCGGUUCUAUUAUUGCUGCUGGUAUAUCUCAAGGGCGCGUGCGGAUCUUCAACUGGUCUUUCCGUUUCAUGCGAUGCUUCCGAAAUGAUCAACAGAAACGCGACUUCGUUGGCGCCGGUGCAGCCGCAGGAGUAGCUGCAGCAUUUGGUGCCCCCGUUGGCGGUCUUCUGUUUGCGCUAGAAGAGGGCGCGAGCUUCGUAUACCAACGAUUAACCUGGACAAUACUGUUUGCCUCGAUGGUUUCCAUGUUCGUGUUGGCUCUGUUCAAGACCAUCGUCCACACGCGUACAUUUAACUUCACUCCCGGCGGUCUGAUCAGCUUUGGAACCUUUACAUUUUUAGAUCAUUACUCUAUCCUGGAGCUGGUGCUGUUUAUCGUGAUGGGCGUAUUCGGUGGCGUAUCCGGAGCUCUUUUUGUCAAGCUGAACGUAUUGCUAACCCAGUACAGACAAAGGUAUGUGACCUCUAAGUGGAGUAAAGUUCUGGAGGCUGUCUUGGUUAGCUUUCUGACAACCUCUGUCGGCUUCAUGCUCCUAUGGUUAGUGCGCGAUUGCAGCCCCUUGGCCUUCACUACCAACCCCCAUCCACUUCAACUCAUGUGUGCCGACAACGAGUUUAACUCCGUGUCUUCGUUGUUGUUCAACACUCCUGAAAGAUCGCUGCGCACACUGUUCCAUGAGCCAUUGGGAACAUUCAACGUGACCACACUGCUCAUAUUCUUUGUGAUGUACUAUUUCAUCGCGUGUCUCACCUACGGCCUUUCGGUGUCUUCUGGAUUGUUCAUUCCCGCUCUGCUGAUUGGCGCUAGCUGGGGACGAGUAAUUGGUAACUGGAUGAAUUCAUCCUAUCCGUCUUACUUUUCCCAUCCGGGCAAGUUCGCUCUCAUCGGUGCAGCAGCACAACUCGGUGGGGUGGUCCGGAUGACUUUGAGUCUGACUGUCAUCCUAAUGGAGGCCACCGGAAGCGUGAUCGUCGGUCUUCCUCUCCUCAUGACCCUGACUGUGGCCAAAUACGUAGGCGACUCUCUGAAUGAAGGCAUCUACGACGAGCACAUCGGCCUGAGUAGCCUUGCUUUGUUACCAUGGGAGCCAGAUCCACUGUCUUCGGUUAAACGAGCAUACGAUCUAAUGUCUUCCCCGGUCGUCUAUCUGGACCCGGUGAUUCGAGUCGGCGAUAUCGUGAGCAAAGUCCACAAAGCGAUGCACCACGGGUUCCCCGUCGUCGAGGGUCCUGUGAACGCUGCUCGCUUCUCUUACGGCACCUUGGUCGGAUUAAUUUCCGCUGAACAUCUGAGCAUUCUAUUGAAAAAACGAAUCUUCCUCGAUGAAAAUGAAUCGCCAACAAAUACACUGACAUAUCAGGACUACGACGACGCUUUUCCAUCUAAUGCUCGUCUUGAGGACGUUCUCCGUGAGCUUACGGCGGAAGACAUGGAUGCGCGUGUGGAUCUUCGGCCGUACAUGUGUGAGGCUCCCUACAGCGUACCGGAGACCAUGACUAUGGAUCGCAUCUACCACUUGUUCCGUUUACUUGGUCUUCGUCAUCUCCCAGUGGUGGAUAGCCAUAAUCAAUUACGCGGGAUUAUCACGCGGAAGGAUUUGUGUCGAUUUCGAUUCGAAUCGGACGGUGACAAAUUCCGAGUGGCGGAGUUGGCAUUUUCCCGCAAGACAGAUAAACCCACCAACAUAAAUCGCUGAGCGGCAUGUGAUUACUUUGUCCACACAGAUUGCUAACUUUCCCCCUUAAGCUCCUCCUCCCUCCUUCUUCCCUGCUACACUCACGCAUUCACUGAUCGUUUUCCUUUUAUUCUGAUCUAUUUUGUAU